AUGUCAGCUCCUCCGUGCGACCUCGGCAGGCAGCUCCUCCGGUUGCGACCCUCGGCAGGCAGUUCCCCGGGCACGUCCCUCGGCAGGCAAAUAGCUCCUCCGGCCGCAAUCCUCGGCAGGCAGCUCCUCUCGGCAACGUCCUCUGGCAAGGCACCUCCUUCCGGGCUCGUCCUCAGCAUGGCAGUUCCUCCGGGCACGUCCUGUAGCAGUUCUCCCGGCAACGUCCACCUCGCAGGCAGCCUUGCCCUUCAGCGCGUCCCUCGGCAGGGCAGCUCCUCGGCUCGUCCUCGGCAGGCAGUUCUUUUCCUCGAGGCACGUCCUCGGCAGGCAGCUACCUCCAGCCUCGUUCCUCAGCAGGCAAGUUCCUUCCGGCACGUUCUUCGGCGGAGGCAGCGUCCUCCGGCCGUCCGUCACGGCAGCACUUCCUCCGGCACGUCCUCGAGCAAGGGCAGUUUUUCCUCAGGCACCACUCCUCCAGACAGUAAGCUACCUCCGGAACGCCGGUCCUGCAUGUUGCAGGGGCAGCUUUCCUCCGGCCCUACGUCCUCGGUCAGGCAACUCCACUCCGACAACGGUCCUCCGGCAGGCACAUUACAUCCAGCCUCGAACUGGGCAGAGCAGCCUCCUCCCGGUCGACACGAUAAAAUCGUGCAGAGCAGUCCACUUCCCCGGCACGCCCGCAGGGCAGCUCCUCCGGCCACGUCCUCGCAAGCAGCCCCUCCGGCACGUCCUCAGGCAGAGCCUCCCGCUCUGUCCUCGGGCCAGGCAGUUUCCUCCGGGCACGGGUCUCGGCAAGGCAGCUCCCUCCGGACACGAUCCUCUCGGCCAGGGCAGCUCCCUCCGGCGCGUCCUCGGCCAGGCAAGCUCUCCACGGCUGCGAGUCCUCGUCAGGUCAGUUCCUCCGGCACGUCCUCGGCAGGAACCAGGCUCCCUCCGGGCACGUCUUCUGCAGGCAGCUCCCUCCGGCACGCCCUCGGCAAGGGCAAGCUUCCGGCUCGUCUCGGCCAAGUGCAGGUUUUCCUCCGGCACGUUCUCCGCAGGUCAGUCUCCGGCACGUCCUCCUUUGGCUAG